CCAUCUCCAGAAGAAGCUGCUCGUCGCCAAAACGAGGCCCGCGCCGCCGUAACCGCAUCCCUGCUCUCCGUCGGCGCCAGCGUUGACAAUGAAAUGCGCACGCGAACAGCGGACCUACACGCCAAUUCGGCUGCUAUAUCCAAGCAAGAAAAGGAGCUGGCGAAGCAGACGGCGGCGCUCGCGAAACAAACGGCCGAGUGGGAUAAGUUGCUACAAGGGGGCACAAAGAAGUUGAAUGAGGUGGGGGAUAUUCAGAAUUGGGCGGAGAUGAUUGAGAGGGACCUGUUGGUGCUGGAGGAGACUGUCAGGUUGGUUGAUGAUGGGAAGGCAGAGGAUAGGAGGAAUGGGGGUGGGGAGAGGAGGGAAGAGAAUGCGAGUGGGACGAGUGGGUGG